AUGUCUGCCUCGGGGAAUGCUGCAUUGAAGCCACCAAUCCCACCUGCCCCGAAGCCAGCGCCCGCGGUCGCUGCUGACUCUGCGUCUCCGGCUCCGGACCUCGUGUCGUGUGAGGCUCCGGCGCCUCUCCCGCCUGCCCCGUCUGCCCCUGUUGCUGAGGCGGGCCCUCUUGCGGGUCCCGCGCCCUCUGCGCCUGGUCCGCCGGCUGUCCCUGUAAAUUCUGCGGGACCGCCUGCAGUUGCUGGACCUGGGGUUGCUCCGCGCGUGCCCGAACUCCCUGCGGCACUGCCCGCCGUUGCUGUCCCUGUUGCCCCCGACGCGGCUGUUGGUUCGUCGCCAAUGGCGGUGUCCGCCACCACUGGCGGCCCGGGCCCGAAUGUGGCGCCAGCGGGGGCCGUCCAGGCGGCGCUUGUUGCUGCACAUGUGGGUCAGCAGCAGGGUCAGCGCUCCUCUCGCCCGCAUUCUCCUGCGCCUGGUGAGGAGCGGGAGUCAUCACGACGCCAUCGUGAUUCACCCCGGCGCAACCGUUCGCAGGCGAACUGGCAUGCACAACAUGGCGGUCGUGGGGGUUGGGCGGGAGGUCGCGGUUAUGGCGGCGGCUCGGCGUAUGUUCAGCCGAUCUCCCUCGCGGACGUGCAACGUGUUGUCUCAGCGGCGAUACGCGAGGAGAGGGCGGUGCAGCGCCGUGCUCCAGCUCCUGCGGCUCCUCCUCCGGCCGUUCCUCCUGUGACUGUCGCUCCGUCACGUCAGGUUGUUGCUCCCGUUCCUCUUGCCUCCGCUCAGGCUCCCUCCGUUCCUGCCGCCUCUGCUGCCGUGUACGGUCAUGCUGCUCUGUUCCAGGGGAAUUCCCUGGAUGGAGGCCCUUGGGACGAGUGCCUUGAUGCGGCGGAUCGGCUCGCCGAGCUCCUGGCGCCCGUGCUGGCUGCGCCCGCGCGGGGUGUAAUUGCGGGCGUUGGGCAGCUUGGGACGGCUGUCCGUGGGUUGAAGCGGGUCCUGCGCGCAGGAACUGGAGACGAAGUGAUCGGCGCAAGCGCGGCGGUGGUGCGGGAGCUUCACCGCUCUCAGACUGGGCUACUUGCAGUUCACGACGCGGAUCAAUACUAG